AAUACCAUUGGUAGUCGCGGACGCGCGUUCAACGUAGCCUCGUCUCACAAAAUAACUUGGUUAUUACUACUAAUACAUACGAAAAAUAUGACAAGUUGAUAUAUAGAAGUGUUAUUUGGUGUGUUAUUCAAGUGAAUUUAUCGUGUAUACACACACACAGACACAAGUGGAUUGACACAAAGAUGCCGAUCGGUAACGUGAGCAGAGACAAUAGUGCGAGACGGGACAGCUUCAGACCUCCUUGGGUCAAAGACAAGGAUACUGAGGCCCCACCACCAUGGACCCAGAAGAAACUAAAACCAGUCGAAAGUACGACCAAGACGAUGGACACAUCGAAAUCCGUUGAUGAACCAACAACCAAACCGUUGAAACCUGUACUAAAAAAGCAAACAACAAUAAAAGAAAAAACAGAAAACGGUGUAUCUGAUCAAGUAGAAGAAAAACUGAUCAAGCCUUCGGCAGCGAAGGAGGCCGAUAAAGCAAAUAGACCAGCUGAUGAGAAACCACGGUUUACAAAAUCUAACUUGAAAACUGUUAAAACAAUAAAUUCAGAAGAAAAGAACGACAAAGUACCAGAAAGACCAAUUUUAAAAAGUGUUAAAACUAUUGAUGAUAAGGCUAAAGACAAAACUGUUACUAUUGUUGAUCAAAAGCAACCUGAUAAAAAUGGCAUAAAACAGAACAACUCAUCGGUCGAUAAAUCGACAAAUGGAAAACUUCCAGCUAAUUCGGUAAAAAAAGACAGUAAACUUACUGAAAAACCGGUAGAAAAAGUGAAAGUCGAGCUAAAACCUAAAUCAAAAGUAGAAGAAAAAGUAAAGCCAUCGGAAAAUUCUAAAGUAGAAGAGAAAGGAAAAACUGCCGACAAAUCAAAAACAGAAGAAAAGACACAAGUCGUAGCCAAAUCUAAAGUAGAAGAGAAUUCCCAAGACAAUUCUAAAAUGGCUACCAAACCACCUAUUGAAAAGCCUACAGCAAAGCUUCCUCCUGCACCACGGAAAACAUCGUUACAAAAAGCACCAUCAAAAGACGAAGUCAACAUGAAGAAAUGGCGGGACCCGUUGCACGAAAGAGUAAAAGAGAACAUAGACAAAACACUGGCUAACGAAAUACCUAAAGGGCACACGCUAACGAAAAACGAGAGCUUGAGAAGUUUGCUAAAGCCUACACCUCCUCCAAUGCCGCCACCUUUGCCACCAAAGAUGCCUCCUCCGCCGGAAUUCAAGAAGUCGCCCCUCGAUCCAACUAAAUUGAAGAAAAUAGAGUCACUACGCAGUAGACCGAGAAAGAGGCCCGACUGGAGUGACAUGAUGAAAGAAGUUGAGCAAGGAAGGAAACUUAAACAUGUCGUCUGUAAUGAUAGAUCAAGCCCCAUCAUCACAAGAUCGGCAGUUGUUAAAAACAAAGGCCAAUUCAUAUUCGAAUCAGAGAAGCCUAACUCACAUAAUGAGCUGCUAAAAGAAAUUUCCAAAGGCAUAAGACUUAAAAAAGUCAAGUGUAAUGACAGGAGUAAACCUAAUUUAGAAGGUUUAAGAAAAUUCAGAAGACAAAUGACUAUAGAGGAACAAGUACAGAAAUCGAUGUCGCAGGCAAAUCUUGCCGCUUCACCUUCUGGAAUAAUCGUACCAGGAGUAACAGAAGUCCCUGCUGCCGAAGAAGAGGAUAUUGACGAAAUGGACGACAUUGAUAAAGUCAGAGACGAUUUACAGUCAACGAAACAGCUACUCGCGAUUGAACUAAGAAAUAAAGAAGUUCAAGAAAGAGAAAAUAAACGCCUGUUAACAAGAAUACAAAAUCUUGAAGCAGAAUUGGCAAGAGAACGUGCUAUUAUAAAACAAGAACAACACAAAACUGUUAUAUCAGUUACCGAUGCUUACGAUGAAAGACUCGUGAAUAAUUUAAAAAUGGAAGUCGAAAAAGCAAAGGAAACAGCCGAUAAUUUAGAAAAACAAUAUUUAGAAGCGGCAGAAGAAAGAGAUACAGCACAAUCAGAAUUAGAAGAAAUGAAGAGGAGAAAUGCUGAGCUGGAAAAGAAAUUGGAACAAGCUCUAUCGGAUAAAUAUGAAGAAUUGUUAGCUUCUGAAGAACCUUUAUCAUUCUACCAAAAGACCCAGCUCGAUAUAAUAAGGCAGUGUAGGUUAUUAAACAUUGAUGUUAACUCUAAAGAAGCUGAGGAAAUGAGACAGAAAGUUGAUGCUAACAAUAACCUUGCUAACGCUUCUAUUACUAACUCUAACAAUGAUGAGGGUAUAAUGCCGACGAGCGCUGGCUCCAGACGAUCCAGUCACGCCAUAAAGCAGCUUUCCGUAACAAAGGACGAUAGUUUUGAAGAAGAGGAAGAAUCCGAGGAUGAAGAGGAAGAAAGUGAAGAGAAGAAACAAAAGCGAUUAGAGAAAGAGAUAAGAAACAUGAGGAACAAGAUCUCACAUUUAAAGCAAAAGCAAGACAAUAUGAAGAGAGAACGUAUGGGCUAUAAGAUGGCACUAAAGAAUCAGCAAGCAGCACUUAAGGAUGAAAAACGAAAGUACAAAGAGUUAAAGCGCGAAGUAGACAAGAUGGCAGCAAUGAUGAAAGAAGUAGGAUCAGACGAAGAAGAAGAGGAGGAAGAGGAAGAGGAAGAAUCUGAAGAAGAGAAAAAGAGUGAGAGCGAAGAAGAAACAGAAACUGAAACUGAGCAGGACACAGAAAGCGAAACUGAGAGCGAAAGUGAACCAGAGGACGCUCCUUUACCAAACAAGAAGGAUAAUCUCACAAAACGUCUCAAGAGGCACGAAACUAGGGUAAAUGCUUUGAAGAAAGGCAACACACUCCUCAUGGCUAACGUAGAUCGACUCAAAGACGAUGUACUCAAGCAAAGAGAAGAGUCCAUGACAUUACAGAAGGAGCUAGACUCACUAAUCGACGAUCUAGAAUAAGACAAUGCGUGCUUUCUUUGUGAUAUGAAGGAAACUUCGAGACUUUAUAAUACACAUUUGAUUACAUUGAAUUGACUUUA